CUGCCACUGCUAUUAGACAUUUCACUGUCUCACUUCCCUGUUGCUCUAGAAGUACAAAGUCCCAGCUUCAUUCUGCGUGACAAUGAGAGAGUGACAGGAGCAGGGGACAUCCGGAAUCCUAGCACAGCAGGUGUAGCUGGAGGGCUCUGGGGAUCCGAGCCUCUCAGGUGUCGUGUUUGGACAAGAAUCUCAAUGCCCCAAUGGCCUUUCACUACAUCCCCCAAGGGCGAUGCCACCUACCGUCUCUGCUGCUGACUGUUCUCCUUUGCCUUGGAGCACAUAGGAUUAUUGCUGUCACCGCCCCACCUGAGGUUUUAAAUGUGACAACAGCCAACAUCUCGGAGAACUCCUUCACUGUGUCUUGGGAGGCCCCUACUACUGGGAAUAUUACAGACUACAGAAUAAUUAUCAGUAAUGGAACGAUCUUAACAAAUAAGACGACUACGAGUAUGUCAUAUACAGAAACUGGUUUGUCUCCUGGAAUCACCUAUGAUAUAACAAUAUAUACAGUCAAUGAAAAUGGCACCAGCAGCGGUUUCCUCCACAAUGUAACAACAUUGCCCUCCAGCGUCUCGGAUUUCCACAUCACUGCAGUAUGGCCGACUCAGAUGAAUCUCAGUUGGACAAGGCCUUCUGACUUUUAUGCAUCAACCUAUAAGUAUACCAUUGUUAUAAACCCGGGCAGCACCAAUGUUUCUAGUAGCAGCAGCUUUGUGCUCGUUAAAGGCCUGAUCCCAGGAAAUAAUUACACUUUCACCAUCUACACCGUGACCCAAAAUGGAUUUGAAAGCAAAGCAUCUCAACAGACAACAAAUACGACAAUGCCCUCUCCUGUGAAGAACUUGAAUGUAGCAGAUACAUCAGACAAUUCUGUGACCCUCGUGUGGGCGUUCUCAACUGACCCCAAUGCCGGUUCAUACACCUAUAAUGUGGAUGGUGGAGGAAGUAACAUAAAGACAGAUAUAAAGACAAACACCGCAGAGAUGACAGCACUGCAGCCGGGAACAGAUUAUACCUUCACCGUCUAUGCAGUCACCCCAAACGGAAUAUAUAGUGAAAAAUCUAACAUCGUAAAUACGACAACCCUGCCCUCUCCUGUCAAGGACUUGAAUGUAGCAGAUACAUCAGACAAUUCUGUGACCCUCGUGUGGGCGUUCUCAACUGACCCCAAUGCCGGUUCAUACACCUAUACUGUGGAACGUGAUGGAAGUAACAGAAAGACAGAUAUAAAGACAAACACCGCAGAGAUGACAGCACUGCAGCCGGGAACAAAUUAUACCUUCACCGUCUAUGCAGUCACCCCAAACAAAAUACAUAGUGAAAAAUCUAACAUCGUAAAUGCGACAACCCUGCCCUCUCCUGUCAAGGACUUUAAUGUAACAGAUACAUCAGACAAUUCGGUGACCCUUGUGUGGGCGUUCUCAACUGACCCCAAUGCCGGUUCAUACACCUAUACUGUGGAACGUGAUGGAAGUAACAGAAAGACAGAUAUAAAGACAAACACCGCAGAGAUGACAGAUCUGCAGCCGGGAACAGAUUAUACCUUCACCGUCUAUGCAGUCACCCCAAACAAAAUACAUAGUGAAAAAUCUAACAUCGUUAAUGUGACAACCCUGCCCUCUCCUGUCGAGAACUUGACUGUAAUUUCUAGGUCAGACAAUUCUGUGACCCUCAUGUGGACGCUCUCUUCUGACCCCAAUAACAAUUCAUACACUUAUACUGUGGAUGGUGGAGGAGUAAACAAAAAUACAGAUAUUAAGAAAAACACUGCAGUAAUGACAAAUCUACAGGCGGGAGUGAACUACAAUUUCACAGUCUUUGCAGUCACCUCGAAUGGAAGAACUAGUAAAUCAUCUAAUGUUGUUAAUGCAACAACAGAACCAAGCAUAGUCCAAGGAGUGAAAGAAUCUGAUGUAUCAAAUACCACAGUGACUCUUCAGUGGGAUUUCUCCCAGGACAUUAAUAAUAAAACAUAUACUUACACUGUGGAUUGCCAAGGCUCACCUUCCUCCAGUAUUUCCUCUCUAAAGAACAACUCUGUAGCUGUAGAGAAUCUAAAGCCAGGAGAAGACUACACCCUCACUGUCUUUGCAGUUACUGAGAAUGGGAUUAAUAGUCAAUCAUCCAAAACUGUACCUGUAACAACAAUGCCCAACGCACCAGAAAAUCUUCAGUGGAGUGCAAUUAAUGUCUCUGAAAUAUAUGUUAACUGGUCAGCCCCAGCAGAUCCUAAUGAAAAGUAUUAUGACUACCACGUGAUAUGGAAUGAUACAAUGCCAUCAGAGAACCAUUCAGCUUAUACUAAUGACACCCAUCUUAACAUAAAGAACCUUCUGCCAGGACAUCUCUACAGCAUCACCGUCACGUCUGUGAUCAAGAAAAUCCCAAGUGUUGAGGCUGGAAUCUACACAGUGACCAAGCCACUUUCUGCAGGAAACGUAACUGUCAGCAGCAUAAACAACAACAGCGCCACAAUAAAGUGGACUCUCCCGAAUGAUCGUCAGAGUAUUGUGUCAGGAAAUCGGGUCACUGUCUAUGUAGAUGGCAAAAAUACAUCAGAGAAGUAUGUAACAGAAGAAAUGUGUGUUUUGGAUGGUUUGAUCCCUGGAACCAUCUACACCUUCAAAGUUGAAAGUUACGCAAAAUAUCCGAUUUCUGGAUCCGCCAAUCGUAUGGCUGAAGCAAAAGGGUUCAUUAUUUCAUACAGCACGCCAAGCACCAUCACUAAUGAAACAGUCCCUGACCCAGUCACUGACUUCAAGUGCUCUAAAUCGGAAGCAUACCAGAUAACAGUUUAUUUUGUUUGUCCGGAUGGGAAUUAUUCUGCAUUUAAGGUGUUGGUGGACAAUGGCGCCAUGAAAAAAGUUGACAACUGCUCAUAUGAUGUCAUAAUACCCAAUCUUCAACCUGCCGCCAGUUACAAAAUUAGGGUGAUGACUGUGGCAACAAGUACCACUGCUGUCACCAGUGAAAUAAUCUGCUCGACCGACAACACAGGAGUUAUUGUCGGCUCAAUAUUUGGCAUCUUACUAUUCUUCCUCCUCAUUGCACUUAUAGUUUACUUUGUUAAGAAGAGGAGAAGUCAAAAGGAGACCGGUGAAAACAUGACUACUGCUACUUUUAAUACAAGAAGAGUUCACACUAUUCCAAAAGACAAGUUCAAGCUGCAUUAUGAAACUAACCAUGCAGACAGUGAUUUUGGAUUUGCAGAAGAGUAUCAGGAGCUAAGCUCGGUUGGAACCACGCAGUCAAAAAGAGUAGCUGAGCUGCCGGAAAACAGAGCUAAGAACCGUUUUAUCAAUGUUCUACCAUACGACCAUUCAAGAGUUAAAUUGUCUAUUAUGAAUGGAAUAUCCACUUCUGAUUACAUCAAUGCCAACUACAUGCCAGGUUAUAAUUCAACUAAAGAAUUUAUAGCCAGCCAAGGCCCAUUACCAAAUACUACUUCUGAUUUCUGGAGGAUGAUUUGGGAGCAUCAAGUCAACACAAUUGUAAUGCUGACCAACUGUAUGGAGAAUGGUCGGGUAAAAUGUGAACAUUACUGGCCUCUGGAUUAUACCCCAUGUACUUAUGGAGACAUAACAGUCACUGUUACAUCAGAAACCAUCUUAUCUGAAUGGACAAUAGCAGACUUCUCUAUUAAACAUGCUAAUGAACCAGGCAUAAAAUAUGUGCGCCACUUUCAUUUUACUGCAUGGCCUGACCACGGUGUGCCAGAUUCCACCUCAUCCAUUAUACAGUUCCGUAAUCUUGUUCGAGAGUACAUGGACGAGCGAAAGAACAGUGGGCCAACAGUUGUACAUUGCAGUGCGGGAGUGGGCCGAACUGGAACUCUUAUUGCUUUGGAUUAUCUAAUGCAGCAGAUCGAGAAGGAACAAUGCAUAGGAAUAUAUAGCUUUGUAGAGAAGAUGAGAAUACAUCGUAACCUAAUGGUACAGACAGAGGAACAGUAUAUAUUCCUCAACAAAUGUAUGGUCGACUUGAUUCUUGAACCCAAUGAUGAACAUAUCUAUGAGAAUCACAAGGGGCCUGAACUUGUCUAUGAGAACGUCAAUGCCAUUAGAGAUUUCCAAAGAGAAAAUGCUUAGCUGAGGAUUUGCUACCACUGGAGCUGGCUGACUCCUCACGGACAUGUAUAAGGACAUUCACAUCUUGUGUGCCUUUCUCCGGACAGUUUCUUCUGCUCCAUUGUAAUUGUCACGUACUUUGUGUAUUAAGCCUAUGCACUCGUCCAUAGUGAGAUGCUGAGCAUCUAUACGUGCUUAGGUCCUUUCAUUAUAUGGCUGCUGUACUUCACCCCCGGAAUAUGUUGACACAACCAUAGACUAUAGACUGACAAUGUUACGAGAGAUUCCUGACGUUUUCUAGUACUGGAAAAUGUGCCAUAAAAUGAAGACUGCUCAAACGCCUUUCGAACAGGAUAAAGGAAGAGUCUAUGAAGUAUACGGCACAAUCUUUUAUUGAUUUUUAUAUAUAUUUUUUUAAUUUAGAGGGGGGAAAAAUCACUUUCCUUCUCACAAUGUGUGAAAUCCACAGUCUGUCUCUUUGCUAGUUGCUGAUAGAAUUUGCAGGAACGAGUUGCUGUAACACUGGCCAACGUUGUAUACAUAUAUAUUUAGCUUUAAGCAGUUUGAAGAUCAAAAUGCAAAGAUCAAAAUGUAUUUGUGUAAUUCUUGAGAGAAAGCAAAUCCGUUGGCAGUUCCGUAAUUUGCACUUUUAUAGAUAAUAUCCUAAUGAAUUUUGUUCUUGAUUCAAGCAAUAACAUAAAAGCUCAUUUUUGGAGAGCUGAUUUUAAGAAAUGCUGUAAUUUAAUAAUUAAUAUGCAGAAUGUAUUUUUCUAUGAUGCACUGAAGAAAUAAUAAGCCUUACCAUUUCCCUAGUGCAGCUGUACAUUAUUUUUUGUAUUGAUUGCAUUUUUUGCUGUCUUUUGUGCUAUAUCUCUUAUGGAUGUAAAGAGAGUCGGUCACCUACAUUUGGCAUAUAUAAGUGAGGGUACAUUCACAUGACCGUGGGACAGCUGUGUGCCUGUUUUGAGGACUGCAAACCACGGAUCCGCAAAACAUGGACAGCGGCCGUGUGAACCCCACAUCACAGUGCGGACCCAUUGACUUCAAUGGGUCUGCGAUCUGCAAGAUGCGCAAAGGAUAGGACAUGUUCUGUCUUUUGCAAUGCCGAGACACAGAUCCGGAAGUCCUUCCGUGUGUUUCCAGGUCCGUGUCUCCAUGCCAAAGAUAGUAGAUGUCCUAUCUUUGUUCGCAUCUUGCGGAUUGAAGUCAAAGGGUCUGCACAGCCAGGAGGGGUGCACAUAGCCGGUGCCCGUGUAUUGCGGACUAAGGUCCAUAACACGGCCACGGCUGUCCUGUGGUCAUGUGAAUGCUGCCUAAUGCUAAUGUACUGCAUUACAAAAUCAUUCAAAUCAUACUGUCCCCUUGGGACUAUUGACUUCAUUUCAGGUUUUCAGAAAAAUAGCUUUCAUGGAUAUGCAAAUGAGGAACCAUGUGCCCAGGCCUAAGUCGCCUCUUCUCUCUGUCCCAGUUCCUCUCUCUUGCACUUUCAAGUCCAUCCCUUCUGCUUGUGACAUCACUGAUCCCUUACCCUUCUGCCAGUGACUUCACACUGCACAUUACAGUGCAUACUGACAUCUUUAGCGUGCCAGAUUUGGAUGCAGUAACUCGAUGUCACAGGCAGAAGGAAUAGACUUGGGAGAGCAAGAGGGAGGAACUGGGACUAAGAGAAAAGCCAUGCUUGGGCUUGCUGAAGGAUUGAAAACGCCCAGCUGGGCAGUUGGUGCUUCAUUUACGUAUCCAUCAAAGUUCUUUUCCUGGGGAUUGGAAAUAACAAUAAAAGUACCAAAACUAGGGUGUGAAUUAUACUGCAGUGCGCAGCAGCACGGUGGCAUUAGUUAUAUAUAGGUGACAGACUCACCUGAAAGGAAAACAUGGCUGCCUUCUUCUAAAGCCUGUGCCCCACCUGGCCUCAGGUCGUGUCUGCUGUUGCUUAGAUCUAUUCAUUUCAAUGGAGCUGAGCUACAAUAUCAGACAUAUCCAUGGACAGGUGCGAUGGGCUUUCUGGAAUUAAUCAGCCACAUUCUGCUAAUCUUGGACAACCUCUUUAAGAUUGGCGUGCAAGUGAGUUGGUGUCUUGAAUAUUAAUACAGGCUAUACAUAUUCUUGCUAUCAUGAAAAGUUAUGCAACUUUGUAAUAAACCUUUUUUUUUAUUUUUAUAAAUCUUUGAAAAUUUGACAUCCCUGCUUCAUGUCUGAAUAGAAACAUUAUUACCUUCUUCAAGAGAUGGAAAGCUUGUCCUGAUAAAGUGCUGCUGACAGAUGCAUGGCUCUUUCAAAAGACAGUUCAGUUCCCUGACAGUCAAUAUGGGUUCCCCGUUGAGCAGAUAAUAUAGUGGUGGGUUAAAACUAUAAAUGAACAUCAUCUUGACUCCACUGCUUGCAGGUUGCCUUCCAUCACACAGCUUCAGAAUGGCGUGGGAAGGCAGAUGCUGGUGUCACCAGCUAUGCCUGUCAAUUACUAGGCAUCAGCACAGUCUUAGGGCCCUUUUACAUGGGCUGAUGAUGGGCAAAGGAACGUUGAUUUCUGAUCAUCGUCCCAUGUAAUCAUCCUGCCGAUAACCCAACCAAGUACAAUCCUCUUUGUUGAUUCAUCACAUCUUUUAUGCUCAUGUGUCAGCAGCAUAUCUACUCAUGUUAACAAAGGAAGGAAAUCUGAGCUCUCUCUCUAAUGACCUACUCACGCUCGAACUAGCCCACAGAGGAACAAGUGAAUCUCCGGUGGGCCCCUGACAAAGGUUGGCCCCCAGUUCCCCAGCACAGCAUCUCAUCCAGCUUAUAUCCAUAUAGAAAACUGGGUAGGUUAUUUUAAAACCUAUCAGUCUAUUGUUACAGAUGCAUCGGGUGGCUGAGAUGACUUCUAGAGGCAAGCCAGCCAGUAUCUUCUUCCCCCAGAGACCCACCUUCUCUAAUUCGCUGCAGGGACCACCAAAAUCUUGAGCUUCCUAAUGCUGCCUACAACUAUGUAAGCAGGUUGUAUUUGCAUGUAGUGGUACACUGGCUCCCCAGAACAAAUUUUACUAGUGGGCCCUAGGCAGGGGUGCACCUAGCCUUUCUGCUGCCUGAGGCGAAAACUGAAAUGGCGCCCCCCCCAUGCCUAUUUCUUAACCUAACCCCUCUGCCACAAUGACAGUGCUCAUUGCCCAUGGCCCUUCCACUGCCCCCCUCUUGCCCCUACCUGGUGCUGCCUGAGGCGAUCGCAUUACCUGCGUUCAUUGGUAGUGCACACCUGGCUCUAGUCCCCCAAGUCCUACUCUAGAUGUACCUGUGUGAGCAGCACAUUAUUGGGAUAGGUUUAGCCUCUGGAUGGAUACAAGAAUGUCUCUAUUCACUGACAUCAAGCACAGAUCUUAAAAACUGUGAGGAAUUGAAAUGCCAAUUAGAAAGCUCUGUUUUCAUGAUAUAAUGAAUAAACCUUUUCUAUAAAACUGAAAGUCUUGUUUAAAGGGGUUGUUCAGCCCGUCUCUCCCUCCCAAUCUGAAAUCAGACUUGGAGAGAUGCUGCUGUAUGCCGGGUGGGAGAGUUGCCUGUCAAGUAUUGUACAUGUGUCCAAUUAAUUAGAAUAGAGCGUGUGCCUGAUACUUGGUGGGCAUCACAGUUAUCUGGCAUACAGCAGCGCCCCUUGAAAUCUGAUGGGAGAGAGGGUUUUUGACCACUCCUUUAAAGGGACAUGAUCAUCAGAAAGGGACAUAUCCUUUAACUAUAUAUUUUUAUUUUUGGCAGUAUAAUUUAUUUUUUCAUCUGUUUAUCCAUGUAAAGAAUAAAUAUGGAAUGUUGGGGCUAUUACAUGUGAUGACUUUGGGUGGCCAAACAGGCUACACUACAGACUGAUCCAGAAAAUAACACCUUGUUUUACAGCCUGCAGUGAAAUGACAUUUCCAUUCAUCAUCUCUAGAAGGCAGCAGAAUUAUAACAGAAUUAUCAGACUAUCCUACUGCAUAGGAUACAUCUCACGAGGAACAGUAUAGAUGGCAGGAACAACAGAGUAUAGGGUCACGUUUUCCUGGAGACUGAUAUUACUCCCAUACUUGCCAACAUUUCCAAUUUUACUGGGACAAUCAAGGGAACCAGCCCACAAAAGGGAUGGGGCAUAUGCAAGCCCCACCUCCCAAUAGGCAGCUGUGUGUGUUCCAGGCAGUUGUGCUGUGCAUUUCUAGGCAGUGUGAGGGCUGGGGCUUAUAUUCCCAAAUUUUAGUUUUAACAUGUUCCUACCAUCUCAAGUUCCGGACUACAUUGACUUAACUGUAAAGCGUUGCACUCCAGGAAAAAAUGGUGGACAACCAUAAAUUAAAGGGAAUCUGUCACCACAAUCUUGGAAUAUUAUCUGCACUGAUACAUGAGUAAUGCUGUCCAUAAGGAGUCCAAUUCACAAUUUAAUUAUUUUCCUACUGCCCACAUUCCCGUCUGUUAAUGCUCAAAGCUACACUAUUGUCAGGACUGCUCUGCAUAUGCGCACAGUAGUCCCCCUAUUAUGUUAGCGCAGCAGUCCAGUGCUGACAGUGGGGAAAAAUUGCACACUGAACUACCUAUCUGCAGCACUAGUACUACACAUAAUAGUCCAAUAUCUUGCAGACAGAUUCCCUUAAGAAAUUACUGCAUCCAGUAUGACACUUAUGCAAUUCUUAUGUGCCGCAUAUGUGCAGCAGGUAUUUUUUCAGUAAAAAACAAUAGUUGCACUCCAAGCAAUUUUAUUGACCCACUGUUAAAGAAGUCACUGUAAGUCCAGCAUAUAGAUGUUCUCUCUGUGUAGUAUGUCUCCAUUGUAUAGAGCAGAUCUCCAAAUUUAAAGAGUACCUCAAACAUAAUUUCAUUUAUAGGUCCAACAUUCUGUACUCAUUCCUUAUGUAUCAUAUCUUCAUAGAAUAAGAGAUUAAUUUUUUGAAACAGAAUUAGCAAUCUUCUGCUUCCCUUCACACUGCCAUUUAGUAUAGAUAAUAAAAUUCAGGCUGACUGCAGUCACCACUAGGGGGAGCAUAAUGUAUAUUUUUUCAAGUCAGAAAAUUGGGG